UGAAAUAUGGGACACUUUACAUGUUGCGUUUUAUAUUUUUGUUCAGUAUAGUUUAACCUCCCUCUCUCUCUCUGUCAUUAGCAAAAUAACCAACAAUAACAGAGUGCUCCACUGCUCCUAAAUUACUGGUAGCAGCCCGCCAUUUCCUUUUUCUUCUGUAACAAAAGGUCGUUAAAACACAAAGAGAUUAUUUGUGUCCAAGACUCCUCCUUGUCCCUGCCGGUUUGUGCUGUCUUGCCAACUCCUAUGGUCACUGUCACGCUAAACAAUGACUAUAGUAGUCGGCAAGGCAGCACAAUAACAGUUUUGGGAACAGGCUACCUCAUUCACUACCAUUGAAAUCAGGAAAGGCAAAAUGCACAGGACAAAAGUGCACUUAAUAUGUUAAGGUUAGCAGGUUGUAUGACUUGGUGGCUGUGCCAGCUAGUGACCACUCUGCAGAGCUGCCUCCAGAACAAGACUCAGGACGAAUAACGCUCUCCUGCCCUUUCUGCAUCUUGUCGAGGCCUCCUGCGUUGCCAGGACAACCAGAAGGGGCUGACCCCGUCCACGUGACAGAGCUCCUCUCUUCUCCUGCCUCCGGGUGUAGUGUGUGUUGUCUGCUGCCACUGUGACAGAUUUGGGGGAAAGAGAAAGUGGUCUGCUCUGGUCUUGCCACCAGACAGUGGAGUUGGUCGUCUGGACCGAGAGAGCAGUCGGGCGUUGAGAGAUGGAGCUCUCUGCGGUCGGGGAACGCGUUUUCGCCGCGGAAGCCAUUCUGAAACGCCGCGUUCGCAAGUCUCGCCUAGAAUACCUAGUGAAAUGGAAAGGAUGGGCACUGAAACACAGUACCUGGGAACCAGAAGAGAAUAUCCUGGAUGACAGACUGAUCGCAGGAUUUGAACAGAAAGAGCGUGAGAGAGAACUUCACGGACCAAAGAAGCGAGGACCCAAACCCAAAAACCUUCCUGUCAAGGCACGUGGAGCCCAGAAGAGGGAGACCUCCACCCCUCGAGCGCCUCGCUCCACUUCUUCCUCUUCUCCUCGAGCCCCUCCAUCCUCCUUCCCCUCCGCCUCUCCAGCGCCCUCCCCUAAACUCAACUCCCUGGCAGCGACACACAAGCUGAAGAAAGACAUUCGCCGCUGCACUAGUAUGUCCCGCCGCCCCUUACCUCGCCCCGACCCCCUGGCCUCUCCCGGAUCCUUCUCCGGCUCCAGUGGGUUCCCCUCGCGGCCCCCCGUCUCCCCCUUCUCAGAGACCGUCCGCAUCCUCAAUCGUCGCGUCAAACCACGCGAGGUCAAACGGGGUCGCAUCAUCCUAAACCUCAAGGUCAUCGACAAACCAGGAAGUGGAGGCGGAGGAAGGGGCGGCGGGGGUAACCGGAGGGCGCCAUCCGGCUCCAUGUCCCUCCAAGGGGGUCGUCAGAACAUCCCCUCCCGAAAUAGGAUCAUAGGAAAGAGGAGUGGAGAGGCUCCGUACCGGCCCUUCCAGCCCAUGCUGGGGUUCCCCAUGUACGGGAAGCCGUUUGGUCUCCAGUGUGGCGGCCCCGGACCUCUACACCUUCCACACUCAGCUACAGGCUCCAGCACAGGGACCUCAGGGGCUAGGGACACCCAGCCACCCCCCUCUCCAUCCAGCUCCAGUGGAUCCACCACACCCGCCCAGAACCAUCCUUCCCCUCCUGGACCCGCCACUGGGGCCUCUGCCUCUGGGUCGGCUCCCAACUUGAGCACCCAGGCUUUGGCCUCCUCUGCCCAGUCUACCCCUAGCCACCCCCCAGAGCUCCAGAAGAACCAGAACGCUGAACAAGGACCAAACCCCCUCCUCCCCUCCCUCUCCUUUGCUUCCGGUUCCUCCUCUUCCUCAUUUGAUGAAGAGGAGGAUGAUGCUGAUGCUCUGGACCUUUCCUCACCUCAGGAGGGGAAGAGGAAGCUUCGCCGUCGGCGCCGGCAGAAACGCCAGCCGCCCUCCGUCAGUACCGCUUCCCCUCCUCACCCCCCUGCCGCCAGAGCCUGCCCCUUGACCUCCAACCCUCAGAGGGUCCCCGCCGAGGGCGACCCCGACUGGCACCCGGAGAUGGUGGCGAGCAGCGCCAACGUGGUCGUGACCGACGUCACCACCAACCUCCUCACCGUCACUAUCAAAGAGUUCCCCUCCCCCUCAUCCCGCCCCUCCUCCCCCCAACCAAUACACCCAGAAAAUACCACCUCCUCCUCACCCCAACUGAAGAACCCCCCACAACCCAAGCCACCCAGCCCAUACUCUGGCAGGCCACCCAUGGUCCCCUCCAGCUCUCCCAAUCCAGCCCAGCCCAUACUCUGGCAGGCCACCCAUGGUCCCCACUCCUCUCCCAACCCCAUCCAGCCCAACCCAUACUCUGGCAGGCCACCCAUGAUCGAUCGCUUUAGCCCAUCUCGCCGCGCUGCCGCUAUGAAGUUCGUUGUAGUCUUGGUCGGUGCUGGUUCCGUGGUCUUCCUCGGCGCGGUCAUCUGCAUCAUCGCCAGUGUUUACCCGCGGAAAGCUGCCGCGCCCCAGGACCUGUCCGACAACGCGACUCUGUCUGCUGAGCCCUUGUUUUCCCUGGACUCGGUGGCUCACGCCGGUCCAUUGGGCGCUCUCCAUGGUGCUGAAUCCUACGAGGGCGGCGGAGGAGGCGGCUUGGGGCUGGGGGGUCCCUCCACUCUCAACGAGCUCAGCCCCGGGGAGGUGACCGGUGGUGGUGGAGGGGCGCCGAAACAGUUCAGUUUCAGCCGGCUCAUCUGCACUCCGAUUCCCGCCGGAGAAUGCAAGGCCAAGAGCAUGAAGCAGCAGGCGGACGACCCUUCACUCUAUGUGGAUGAAGACUGGAGCUACCUCCGGACCACCGCGGACGACCUCCGGCAGACGGUGGUGCAGCAGAACGGCCAGAUACUCAUAGAUCAGCGGACCAUCCGUGAGCUGUCGGGGAAACUAUCGGAGUGCGAGACCGGCCUGGAGGACGGGAGUCCCGGGCACUCCGAGAGGAGCCUGGGGGCCUGGGUGGGCAACCGCCGACUCAUGGCCGGGGAUGAUGUGAGCUCAUCGGCCGCUGUGCAGCUGCAGACCGCUAGAGCCGUGGAGGAGCUAGAGAGGGCCAUUCUCAACCUGAAAGACCGCAUCGAGAAACUGGAGUUGGAGAUCGGCCCUGCUGCCCUGAACCUCUCCGUUGAGACUCCAUCCCCCAGCGCCGGUGUGGGCGUCAGCAGUGGCAUCGCUACUAAAGUUCAAGGGUCACCGUCAUCAGCAUCAACGACAGGAGGCGGUAGUGUCUCCUCGGGGAGCCGAAAGUCCCCUGGGGGCCCUGGCAGAGGAGGCGGAGGCCCCUGGAAGGACCUGGAAGGAGAGCUGGAGAGGAAGAUUGAGAUGCUGGAGAAAGAGCGGAAGGCGCUGAGGAAGGAGACACAGACACAUCACAAACAGAUAGACCAAGGGAUUGAUACUCUACACCACCGCAUUGCAGAGCUGGAACAGAGUCUGACAGAGUACAAUUAUCCAGACGGCUAUGUCCUCUCCUUCCCCGUGAGGACCAGAUACAUGUACGGCCUGGUGCGGAGAGAAAUGCCUGAGAUGUAUGCCUUCACCGCCUGCGUCUGGCUCAAGGUGAAAGAGGGGGGUAUCGGCACCCCCUUCUCCUACUCCGUCCCGGGACAACCCAACGAGCUGGUGCUGCUGCAGGGGAUACACAACCCUGUAGAGCUUCUUAUCAACGACAAGGUGGCUCAGCUGCCCCUGUCCCUUGCCCAGGGUGUGUGGGAGCACAUAUGUUUGAGCUGGACCCUCAGAGACGGGGUAUGGAAGGCCUACCAGGGGGGGAAGCUGAAGGGGCGCGGAGAGGGGCUGGCCGCAUGGCACCCCAUCAAGCCAGGAGGAGUGCUCAUUCUGGGGCAGGAGCAGGACACGCUGGGCGGUCGUUUCGACGCCUCCCAGGCCCUGGUUGGGGAGCUCUCCCAGUUCAACCUGUGGGACAGGGUCCUGAAGCCUGCUGAGGUAUCCGCUCUGGCUGCCUGUUCCUUGGGCACACUGGGCAACGUGGCCCCCUGGACAGACCAGGACGUGGAGGUCUACGGAGGGGCCACCAAGGAGGCUGUGGACCCCUGCAACCAGCCACCCCGGGCCAGCCCCAGCUCUAGCCCUAAACAGUGAGGGGUUAGAGGGGUUGGUAGAGGGGUCUCUUGGUUGUUAUAAAGGGGAGCCGCUCAGUGAGGCCAGUGAGGGUAGUUGGUUUGUUGAUGCUCCUCAUAAGAGGGGGGUUUAAGGUGUUUUUCUGGGGCAGGGGUUGUGUGAUGGGAAACUGGGGUAGAGAUGGAGAGUCAGUUGAGUUGUUUUAAAGGGGCAUUGCUAUUUCCAAGAGAGGGUGGGUGUGCUUGAGGAAGCCUUUCGGAGGGUCUGGGAUCAGGGGAAUUAGAGAUUAGUUGAGUAGGAGUGUUGUUAUCUGGGUGUUGUUCACCCACUGAAGGUGUUAACAUCAACAGCGCUACAGCUGUUGAGAACAACACCCAGACUAGCUUUAGCUCCGCGGCCAUGUGGGGAGAUGUUAAGGGAAAGGUGCUGCUUUUUUUCACCCCUCUGAUUUAGAGAUGAGAUGAGAUGAGGGGGGGGGGGUUCUCAGCCCCCCAGGGAAGAGCUACAUACACCACGCCUCAUCACAUCUCAUCACAUCUCAUCACGUGUUCUGAAGCUUGUGCUUCUAACUUUGGAAUAGGGAUUUUCUUCUGCUUUUGGAGAUGUGUUGCUACUGUUUGUGAUCAACAACAGCUCGGUAAAAGUGAGCGUCUGGACUGCUUUUUCUACUGCGCAUUUUGUUGAUUUUCUUUGCAGCAAUGUUUAUUUUUCUAACACGGUCUUCUUUCUAUGUGUGUGUGUUACGUGCUUUCAGACAAACCUGUUGCGACUCACAAAACCUCUCACAAAGAUGCAAUUGUAACGGCCCAGCACAACGUAUUGCCAUAGAGAUAGCUGUUGUGAGUCGCAUGGAUCAUGUAAAUGAAGACGUCAAUUGAUUUCUUAGAUUCAUAACAUCCAUCUGCUUGACUUAAAGAGGCAAUCUGUUGAGUGAUUGGUACAUCCAUUGUGGCAGGGUGCCCACUUUGUUGUUGUUUCAACUGCAGAUUCGCCCUUUAAAGUGAUUUGUGUCUCAAUGUUUUUUUUAAUGUAAAGCUGAUGGAAUGGAAUGUAUAUCUGUAUGCAUGAGAAAAGCUUUUUCAAAAUUAGAGGUCAGAGGUCAGAUUUCUAAAUAGUCCUGUUUCCAAGACAGCAACAACACAAAAACGUACAACAAUAUGAACUAUUGAAUGGUGCGCUUCACCCCACAAAGGCCAAAAUGAAUACCCACCUCAAAGAAUGUGUAUUUAGCUUGAUCUUACCUUCACAGAAUUGCUUAAUAAGUGGGUACAGAAGGGACAUUGGGACACUGAUGUUGAGUUGAGGGGUGUAGUGAAGAAAAGUGUCCCUGGAUUAUUGGGUGUCCUUCCCCCCCACUUCACCAUUGACAUAUGGUUGUAAAGUGCCUGUCUGGGUAUUACACGCCCAAUGCAAAUGUCAACUGUAUUUUAUUCUCUCUCUCUCUCUCUCUCUCUCUCUCUCUAUCUCUCUCUCUCUUUCUCUCUCUCU